UAGGAGCCGCCACAAUGACGGACCAGUCCUUCAUUUUCGACUUCUACUCCAUCUACGAGGAACUCAACUUCACCUACAAUGACACGGAAUUCGUCAUCGACCCGGAGACCCAGCCCUGCAGCCCCUUCUCCAUCCCGGACGCGGUGACGGUUUUCGUCUGCGUUUUCUACAUCGCCGUCUUCCUCCUGGCCAUCCCCGGGAACCUGGUGGUGGGUCUGGUGAUCGGACUCAGCAAGCAGACGCUGCCCCCUUCCGACCUCUUCCUCCUCCACCUGGCGCUGGCCGACCUCCUGCUGGCCGUCACGCUCCCGUUCUGGGCCACCUCCGUCACCAGGGGCUGGGUGUUCGGCGACACCAUGUGCAAAAUCAUCACCAUCGUGCAGGAGCUGAGUUUCUACUCCAGCAUCCUCUUCCUCAUGUGCAUCAGCAUGGACCGCUACAUGGCCAUCGUGCGAGCCAUGGAGGCCCGGCGGUCCAACCGGCAGCUCAUCAGUUGGACCAUCUGCGCGGCGGUCUGGGCCAUCGGCGCCCUUCUCUCCCUUCCGGGGUUGUUUUACUCCUCCUAUUCCUCCAGCGACUCCAGUCAGACGGUGUGCGCCGAGCUUUACGACCCCGGCAGCGCCAACGAUUGGCGCCUGGCCACGAGGGUUCUGCGCCACUCCCUGGGUUUCAUCAUCCCUCUUUCCGUCAUGCUCUUCUGUUACGGCGUCACCAUCCGGCGCCUGCUCCGCGUCCGCGGCGGGUUCCAGCGGCAACGCGCCAUGAGGGUGAUCGUGUGCGUGUUCGUGGCGUUCCUGCUGUGCUGGACGCCGUACCACAUCGCCGUGAUGACGGACACCUUCUUCAGGGCCAAAAUAGUGGUGUACCAGUGCCCCGCCAGGAUGGCGGUGGAUCAGGCCAUGUUCGCCACGCAGAGUCUGGGCCUGCUGCACAGCUGCGUCAACCCGGUGUUGUACGCCUUCGUGGGGGAGAAGUUCCGCGGGAGGCUGCAGCAGAUCUUGAGGAAAAUGCGCGUCCUGGAGAGGCCGUCGCUGUCCAGGACUAGCAGGUCCUCUCAGUCGUCCGAGGUCACGUCUACGAUUAUGUAAACACAGCAAAGAUUUUGUAAAUAUUUAUUCUUUUUGUUUCAGUGUUUUUCGUAGGAAUUUGUUUUUAGCUUUUUCAAACAUGGGGCUGUCCAAAGAGCCCAUUUAGAUAUAUUUCACCUACAAAACAAUGCAAUAUAUACGUUUACUUUUUUUCAAU